ACGUGCAUGCGAGGAAAAGGGGGUUCCAAAUCGCCUACGCGAGUUUCCUGCCUAAAAACGUGCAUUCCACACAUUUUGCAACCUCCAAAGACCGCCUUUCUGUCGCGCACAUGAAAUAGCUAGUACCCGUGAACGACAUCAUUUGGAAUUAUCGCCAUUUUUAUAUAGAGAAAGUUGAAAGAAGGACGGUCGAAAUAAUGGAGCGUUGUCGAAGUUCGCUGAUGUUUUUGGUGUUGGGUGUGUUCGUUUCUGUUGGAUUCGUGCAGGUUUCAGGGAAAACACACAAGGAGGGAUAUUGCAUGUGGUACGGCCAGUGUGGAAAACGUACCGGCACAGAUCACCCACUGAACUGCUACAACAAUAUACCAGCUCCUGAACUAAAGGACCCAGAAGCCCUGUCUAUUCUCCAAGAGCUGUGUCCCCAUCUAGUCAAAGAGAAGACUCACACAUGCUGUAAUCUAGACCAGCUGAAGACUUUUCAGAACCAGACGAGUUUAGCAACACAGCUGAUGACCCGCUGCCCAGCUUGUUACCGGAACUUCCUCAAUUUAUACUGCGGAAUGACCUGUGACCCAAGUAACAGCUUGUACAUUGAUGAGGUCACAAUUCAGGAGUCUAUUGAGGAGACGAUUGAUGCCCUCAACUUUGCUGAGAAGGAAGCCGACGAUGGUCUCUCAGUAGUCGAGCCUUGGGUGGAUAGCGACCCAAAGAGCAACGCCAGCAUCCUAUCCAUCGUGUACUUCCUGCAGGAUGAGUUUAUGUACGGGAUGUACAACAGCUGUAAAGGGGUCAACUUCCCGAGCUCAAACGAGAAGAUUUACUCCCUUCUGUGUGGUCAGUCUGCCGAGACGUGCACCCCUCAGAAUCUGCUCGACUACAUGGGGAACAUCAACAACGGACAGACGCCGUUUAACAUCAAUUUCACCAUUAUACAAGGGAAUACACCCUUCCAACCGACCGCCAUGAAAGCCUAUGAGACUAAUGUCUUUCCUUGUUCACGGGCCAUCGAUAACUCCUCUCAACCCUGUAGCUGUCAGGACUGCUCUGCAGCAUGCCCGCCUGUCCCUCCAUACCCACAGCCUCCACCUCCUUUUACAAUCCUCGGCAUGGACGGCAUCAUGUUUAUCCUCAUCUGUGGCUACAGCGGCUUUGUCGUAACCUUCCUCCUGGCUGUUAUGAUAUCCUGCUGCUUGAACCACAUGCAGGCCCAACCAAGUCGCAGAGAAUUACUCAGCGUCAACGACGACGACAAAACACCAGUCCGUCCUUUAGUCUCCCAAGAAGACGUCGGCUGUCGGGAAAAAAUUGGUGCGGUCUUCCACCAGAAGCUGUCUGGUGGCUUCCAAUGGUGGGGGACAAAGUGUGCCCGUUAUCCCUUCUUUGUGAUUCUACUAGGUCUGAUUCUCGUGGUAGGCUUAUCCCUCGGCAUCCUGCUCCUUGAAGUGACGACGGACCCAGUCGAGCUCUGGUCUCCUCCAGAGAGCCGCUCCCGUCUGGAGAAGAACUAUUUUGACGAUCACUUUGGGCCGUUUUACCGCACUGAACAACUGAUCAUCACUGCCCCGUCAUAUAAUUACACAACAUUUCAAGCGAGUGGUAUCACUGUGAGACAUUGGUUUGGUCCUGUGCUUGAUCUUCGUGUUCUUAUUCAGGUACUGGACCUUCAGAACCAAAUAGCAGGAGUCACGGCAUUCUACGAGAAAGAAAACCGCACCAUCGGCCUUCAAGACAUCUGCUUCAAGCCAGAAGCACCAACCAAUAAUAACUGCACCAUCUUGAGCGUAUUGAACUACUGGCAGAAUGACAUAGAGAAACUCAACAGCUCUGUUAAAGAUGGCCCAUUCUUUGUCAUUGCUGACUACCACACUCAUCUGAUUUCCUGUCUAAGUGCGCCAGCAUCUAUUGAUGAUUCCACAGUGCAGCACUAUCCUUGUCUUGGGACUUAUGGUGGACCGAUCUUUCCUUGGACAGCAAUGGGGAGCUAUAAUGACAAGAUCUACAACAAUGCUUCCAGCCUCUCCAUUACGUUCCCCGUGAACAACUUCAAGACCGGUGACCCACGUCUAGAACCUGCGCUUCUUUGGGAGAAGGCUUUCCUGGACUUCAUGAAGAAUUACAGCAAUCCUGAUCUUGUCAUUGCGUAUCAGGCUGAGAGAUCUAUUGAGGAUGAGAUUAACCGAGAGAGUUUCUCCGAAGUGACCACGAUAGCCGGAAGCUACAUCCUGAUGUUUGGCUAUGUUGCCAUCGCUCUGGGAAAGUUCCCAUACCAUAGAAUGCACAGAAUCUUUGUUGAAUCAAAGAUAGUAUUGGGUCUGUCUGGUGUGCUGAUAGUGUUAGGUUCAGUAAGCUCCUCUAUUGGGCUGCUUGCCUAUCUUCAUGUUCCAGCUACUCUCAUCGUCAUGGAGGUGGUGCCAUUCUUGGUUCUAGCUGUUGGUGUCGAUAACAUCUUCAUUCUGGUCCAGAAAUACCAGAGGGAUCAACGCCUCCCGCAUGAAGAGAAAUAUCAUCAAGUAGGACGAGUCCUUGGGGAGGUUGCCCCAAGCAUGUUGCUGUCUAGUCUCUCAGAGUCUGUGGCUUUCUUUUUAGGUGCACUGUCCGUCAUGCCGGCUGUAAAGGCCUUCGCUCUCUAUGCUGCUGUGGCAGUCCUGAUCAACUUCAUUCUACAAGUCUCGGGCUUUGUUGCCUUCAUGUCACUCGAUGCAGGAAGAGAAGACAAAAAUCGGUUGGAUGUUUUAUGCUGCGUCAGCAUCAAGAGUUCCGGGAAAUCGGACAAGACUCCAGGGGUGCUCUAUCAGAUCUUCCAUAAGUUUUAUGCUCCCUUCCUCAUGGUCAGCGUCGUUAGAACUUUAGUGAUGCUGGUGUUUGUUUUCAUGGCAUGUUUCAGCGGCUACUCACUCACUAAGAUCAGUGUAGGAUUGGAUCAGAAACUCUCAAUGCCCCGAGAUUCCUACAUGCUAAACUACUUUGAGAACCUUGAAGAGCAUUUCAAUAGCGGUCCCCCGGUGUACUUUGUUCUACGUGAGGGCGUCAACUACACAGAUGUGGACAGCCAGGAUAAGAUUUGUGGAGCAUCGGGUUGUAACGCCGACUCGUUGACCACUCAGAUUUAUGUGGAUGCGCAGUUAACUAAUGUCACCUACAUUGCUAACCCAGCAACAUCAUGGAUUGAUGAUUUCUUCUCUUGGCUUGCCCCAUCACAAGGUGGCUCACCUUGCUGUAUGUACAACCCCAAAAAUGGAAAGUUCUGCCCAUCUACUGGACCGAGAGAGGGUUGCGUGCCAUGCCGUCAAUCAGGGAAGACCUUUGAGAGACCGACAGUUGAAGAAUUUGAGAAAUUUCUCCCAUUUUUCUUGGUGGACGAUCCUGGAGCAAAAUGCAGCAAAGGUGGUCAUGCUGCCUACGGAACAGCAGUUGUAUUUCCAAACGAUACCAAAGCGCACGUAGAAGCCUCAUAUUUCCAGAGUUAUCACUCGGUGCUUCGUGAUUCUGAUGACUUCACCAACGCUCUGAUCCAAGCUCGUAAAUCAGCAGACAACAUCACCGUCAUGAUGAACCAAACAGACCCUAACUUCAAUGUCUUUCCCUACAGUAUAUUCUAUGUUUACUACGAGCAGUAUAUCACCAUGGUCAACGACACGGCAACCAGUCUAGGAAUAGUCCUUGGUUCUGUCUUCAUCAUCACCUUCAUCCUCCUUGGCUUUGAUCUCUUCUCGGCCCUCAUUGUUGCCGUGACGAUCGCCAUGAUAACCAUCGACAUGCUGGGCAUGAUGUACUGGUGGAGUAUUGAUCUGAAUGCAAUCUCAUUGGUCAAUCUGAUCAUGUGUGUUGGUAUCUCUGUGGAGUUCUGUUCUCACAUUGUACGUGCCUUUGCCAUCAGUACCAAAGGGAACCGUGUAGAGAGGGCUAAGGAUGCUCUCACUCACAUGGGAAGCUCGGUUCUGAGUGGCAUCACCUUUACCAAGAUCUGUGGCAUCUUCGUUCUUGCCUUCUCAAAGUCACAGCUGUUUGAGAUCUUCUACUUUAGGAUGUAUCUUGGAAUGGUUGUGUUCGGAGCCACCCAUGGACUGAUCUUCCUCCCAGUACUUCUAAGUUAUAUAGGACCUGGACUUAACAAUGCCAAACUCCUUGAGGAGCAAGAGACAGCACCAAUCCCGCCUCCCUCUUCAAGCAGUGAGACAGCCAAACCAUCCGGUGAUGGACUAUUUCCAAGUCGACCCUCGUCGGAGCGUUCUCCACUUAUACCCAGCCGAGACUCGCAAGGAUAUUUUUACGCUUAAAAAAGUAAAUAGUGAGUUAGUUUGUUUGAUAUGACUUUAUACGUGUCCUGCCACGCCUUGAGCAGCCUUUUUAUUAUUGGAGAUCAAUCUGUCUCACAAUUAAGGGGCACCUACGUUAUGUACAUAAGGAAAUUGUGUGUUUUGAAAUGUGUAAAGGGAACCCAAGCCAAUCUCAAAGUUUGGUGGACUAUUGGAUUCCAUUUUGAGUAAGUUAGAGUGCGCACCAUGGUUAAAUAAAGGUUGACUAUUUUGACUUGAACCUAGGCUGGUCGACCAUUGGUUGACUACUGUGGUCGACCAUUUGGAACCAGCCUAAGGACCAUGGUUUCUUCCGUGGUCCCGAAAGGUUACAUGUGUAAAGUGCAGAAGGGAACCAGUGACACUAUAGCUAAAAUGCAAUGGAAGUGUUAAGUACAUGAAGCGAUGGUUGCCCUAGACUUACAUUUGAGUCAUUCGAGUAAGUGCUUCACUGCGCAUGUACAUUGCUGGUCAGUAGUCGACUAAAACUUGCCCUAUGUUGUGGUUUAGUUUGUCAUGGUUAAAAUAAGUAAAAGUAACCUUCAAAGGUAGGGUCACAGAUGGGAUUUUGUAGUGCUUUUUUGUAUAAAAAUUAUAGAAAGAUAUAAUAAAAGUCACAGGAGAAAUUUUGAGCUGAAAACAUUGCCUACAUGCUAAGAAAAUGGCAUAACACUUGAAUCCAUCAAACUACCUACUCUGGCCGCAGCAUUUGCAAUCAGACACCAAUAUUUAGAAAUGUUUGAGAAAUAAUUCAUGCAUGAAUCGU